CCGACUUCCAUAGCACAGACGCGUCUGAUAGAAACCAGUAAACUAUUCGGAAAAUUUCCCAGUGACUCAACAGAAUUUAUUUACUCCACGACGAUAAGAAGUUCGGCGCCUGGAAGCUCAUGUCUGACCGUGAACGGAGCUAUAUUACCCUCCACCUGCACUUAAUUGUUUCGGAGUUUUGCUCUCGCAACUUUUUAAGACGAGGACGCAUACUUGGAUUUUGGGGAACUUUGGCAAACGACGGGACAUCGUGUGCGCCAGGCGUCAGGCAUAGGAGUCAACAAGUGGCUCUCAUUUGCGGGUAGAGGAGAGAGAUUAUGAAAGCUUGAAGUUGCUGAAUGGAAAGUUAGUUUUCACUUUCUUGUGCGCGGAGUACUUCAACUAAUCACAUUUUAUUUGAGCCACUGGAAGGUGAGGAGGACAUACGUGCUUUAAAUCUUGUACGAGUUUGUUAUCACCAUGAGUGGACCAGUGCUUUUCCAGAUGUGGACGGUUUUAUUGUUGGGGACUAUCACCGGGGUCUGCAGGGCUCAGUUCUCCACCGCCAAAGUUCUGAGGGGCAACAUCAGGAGAGACGACAGCAAUCGCCUCACCACAGACUUCUACCGCAAAGAUGAAAACGUCACCGUAACGGCAGUGGGCGGCGCCAUCUACAGCCCACGCUACCCCAACGCUUACCCCCGCAAUCUUAUGUUGUCAUGGAAACUGCUGUCGCCACCAGGGAGCCGCAUACACCUGGAGUUUGACGGACACUUCGGCCUGGAGGAGGCUGAGAAUGGAGUUUGCAGGUAUGACUUUGUGGAAGUGGAGGACCAUUCAGAGACCAGCACUAUAAUUUGGGGUCGCUGGUGUGGGCAGAAGGCCCCGCCUAGUCUCAACUCCAAAACCAACAUGCUCAGAGUCACCUUCAAGUCGGAUGACUACUUUGUUGCAAAGCCGGGAUUCAAAGUCUACUGCUCGCUGCUGUAUGAUGCUUCUCUGCCUGCAUCCAACACCAACUGGGAGGCUGUCACUAUGCCUAUGUCGGACAGUGCUGGAGGGCAGAUGCCAGCGGCCGUCACACAGGUUCCUUUCUCAUUGGAGGAUUUGGACCGGACCAUAGCUGCCUUUGACACCGUAGAACAGUUGUUUAGAUCCCUGAGCCCAGACACCUGGAGACAGGACCUGGACAGCAUCUACACUCAAACACACAUACAAUACAGAUCCAGGGCCUAUCAUCUCGCAAGCAGACAUAAUAAAGUUGAUCUAAACCGUCUCUACGACGACGUCAAGCGGUACAGCUGUACGCCUCGCAACUACUCUGUGAACCUGCGCGAGGAGCUGAGGGCCACCAACGCCGUCUUCUUCCCCCGAUGUCUGCUGGUCAAACGCUGUGGAGGCAACUGUGGCUGCGGAACUGAGAACUGGAACAACGGCUGCACCUGUCAGGCCUCCAAGACGACACUCAAACUACACGAGGUGCUGAAGUACGCCCCAGAGGUCACUCUGUAUCAGCGCCAACGGAGGCCGCAGGUGCGCUGGGUCAUAAAUGAGAUCUUCCUCACACAUCAUGAAAAGUGCGAGUGUGCGUGUCCCUCCCAGCCCCCCCGCUGAGACACCCAGACUGGCACGUGCAUCUGGAACUGAUGGACGAGUUCUUCUUUUAUCAAUUUUUGCAACGGACUUCAUAUAAUUUCAGCAACGCAGACACAUAUGCAGCAAAGAAGAAGGUGAAAAAAACACAGCUCGCGUCAUACACGUGACCUUCCUCUGUUCACGGGCCAAACUUGUAAACGCAUAAAUGUUUCCAGCCAAACACGUACUUUAUUUAACUUUCCUGGAACUUGGAGUCUACAUUGUUCCUGGUUCAAUCAGUUUUUUACUCAAACGAAAUACGAAAGAUUCUUACCAUACCACAUGAUGACAAAAUGUUGCAUCAAACUUACAUUUACAUUUUGAUUUAGGAGUUUAACGGAUGCAAACUUGAUUGAAUUGAAAUUUGAUUGACCCCCAACUUUUAAAAAUUCCUAUUUUGUAUGUAUUUGAAUUUCUUCGUACUAUAAAAGCAGCGUUUGUAGAAACUUCCGGCACUUCCUCUGCCAGGAGCAUGCUCAGAAGAGUGAGCGUGAGACGGAAGGAGGGAAGGGAGAGGGGUUGGAGGAAGUGUAAACCAUAAUAACACUUUAUCUUGAUGUGAAAUUAGGCUAACCACAGCCCUACAGAUCUGAAUUGCACAGUAACACACUCACACACACAUUCACUUUAAGCUUUAGUUCCCACCUAAAGACAGAAAGUGUAGUUAUUAUUUAUACUGAAUUCUUUACUGCUCUAUUUUUCAGUGAAGCUCUCCUUUUUUUUGUCUGCACACAUUCCUGUCUGCAUAUAUUCCUGCUUCCCUUUGUCUAUCCAUACGCUUCCCACUCCUUUUCUUCCCCCCCCCUGACUCCAUCUCUCUCUCUUUCUAAAGCAUGCACCCUCUCUCUCCCCUCAUCACUCACUCUCUAACACAUCAAAGGAGAUGUCAGAUCAGGCGGCUGCGCUUUGCCCAGUUUUCGGUGCGUUCCUGGCAUUCCAACUGCUAACCGGAAUUCUGCGAACGCGGAUAAAACCCCUGAUCCUCAGACCCUGAACUCAUAAGAGAAAAGAGAGGCAGCUGACGUAAAAAUUGAUAAUCAAGCAACCUAUUCGUAGAUUACCAGCACUUUGGGAUGAAAGCUGAGAAGAGCCACUUUUGAGAUGCGACAGAAAAGAUUGCAGCUACUUCAGCGGUUUCAAUCAGCAUGUUCAUGUAUUCAGCUAGCCUGAUUUUUUUUGUCAAGCUGCUCACAUGUAUCACAAUCUUCCCUACUGCUCUGCAAUUCUGCAGCGGCACCACAGUGAACAAGAGAUCUGUGGGAAUUAGAGUAAUUUUCAUGGUCUCUGCUGAAAAUAAAACUGAUACUUGAGUGUGUGUGUGUGUGUGUGUGUGUGUGUGUGUGUGUGUGUGUGUGUGUGUGUGUGUGUGUGUGUGUGUGUGUGAGUGCCAGUCUGCAUGUAACAGCUCAGGAAGAGGUCCUUUUGUUUAAAGGGUGGAGGGUUACCGACAGUCUGCGAGAGCUGGCAGCCGAUACAAGCAUGGGAAUGGUCAGCAUGUGACUGUGCGUGCAAGUGUGUGUGUGUGUGUGUGUGUGUGUAUGUGUGUGUGUGUGUGUGUGUGUGUGUGUAGGUAGCUAGAGUAUCAAAGCGAUAGAGCAAGAAUUCAAAGUAACUGCUUAUCAUUUCCAAACACAUGAUCCAGCUGUGAGAAAUAAAAGGCACCGGCAUCAGUCAUCUCUCCAUCAUCACCUCCCAUGUGUCGCACGCUCAGGCCCGCUUACAGGCCCGCUUACAGGCCAGAUUUACACCGAGAAAAUGGGAUUUUACACACUUCUUUUGUUCUAAAGACAGACAAAAAAGAAAAACCGGACACUGAGACGAUUCCUCAGUCACAGUGAAACCCGAUCAGCCGUGUGCCCGCGGCGCUUUUAGGUGCAUGUGUGUGUACUGUAAGUCACGGAUGUUAUUCGGCAGGUGUGUGGAUACAAAGCGCUCUCAAAUAUUCCAAAAGUGUGUCAGGUUGUGCGGUAGUCACAUUCCAAGUCAUUUAGCCCAGACAACCUCAAACACACACACACACACACACACACACACACACACACACACACACACACACACACACACACACACACACACACACACACACACACAGUUGUUUCUGGCUGUAGCUUGACUUUGUUGUAAAGCUUUUGUCUUCUGUUCUCAUGCAAAGUUUGCUUUCAUUCCACAAAGAUAAACACAAAGCUCGUACAGAGUCGGUGAUUUGUUCAAAUUUCACAGAGGACGGUUGGCAGGUUUAUCACCCUGUUAUAUUUUCAUGAGCUAACAAACCAGAUUGUGAUUAGGCAUCGUGUCAUUUUCCAAGAAGUUACUCUAACAUUUUAUGAAAUCUGCUGCAAAUUCAUAAUUUUAAAUGUAUCCUGUGUCUGCCAGUUUGCUGGCGUUAUCAGCAUAUUCCAUUGUUGCGUGCUCCAAGGUGAAUUUCCUCUUUCUCCUCAUAACUGCUUUGUUUUCUCCUCCAGUUCUUUGCAAUAGAACCACAUGUGUUUUAAAUUCGGACAUUUCAACCUGCUUGUGUGAUUGUUUGGAACUAAGAGAGACAAAACCACACAUUAGACCUUUGAGGCAUUUUCAGAUUGUCAUGCUUUCAAUAAGAUUUCAGAGUUUCAGCUUCCCGUCUGAGGAUCGUGAAGAUUGUAUUAUUUUCAACUCUGAGAAAUAUUUGAGCAAAAACCUGCUUCGCUCUAUUCAGAAAAACAUUCAUGACGAAACUGUACGUAUGCUUUAAUUAAAUAAUUUAUUGUGUCUUUCUCUAUUGUUUUAUUAAACAUAUCAGCUGGUUGGUCUUGAUAAAUAAAGUGUUUCUAGCA